AUGCAACUUAGAAGAGCAGCUAGAGUUAUUCUUGUAGGCGCUCCUGGCGUCGGCAAGGGCACCCAGAGCGAACGAUUGUUGGGGCGAUUCCCCCAGCUCGCCUCCAUCAGCACCGGUGAUUUGCUUCGCAGCAAUGUCCAGAACAGGACGCCUCUCGGCAUCAAGGCCGAGAGCACCAUCAAGGCCGGCGGCCUCGUCGCCGACGACUUGAUGCUACGCCUCAUAUCCAGUGAGCUCCGGAACCGCGGCUGGCUGCAGAGCCACGGACCUCCCGAGGUCAUGACGCUCUCGUCCGAGGCCACCACCGCCGCUGAGAUGCGGACUCCCGACAGCAUGGCAUUCGGCGCCUUUGCCGCCGGCCGUCCGCUCUCGCCCGCGCAAGCCUCCGAGGACCCCAAGGCGUCCUUCAUCCUCGACGGGUACCCCCGCAAUGCCGCGCAAGCCAGCAGUCUCGAGGGCAUCGUCCCCAUCAACCUGGCGGUUUCGCUCAAAACCCCCUUCGAGGUCAUCCUCGAUCGCAUCGCCGGCCGCUGGGUCCACGAGCCCUCCGGCAGAGUCUACAACACCACCUUCAACGCCCCCAAGGUCCCCGGCCGCGACGACGUCACCGGCGAGCCCCUGACACAGCGGGCCGACGACACGGAGGAGGUCUACCGCGCGCGGUUCCAAAAGUUCCAGGAAACCAGCGAGCCCCUGCUCGAACACUACGCUAAGAAGGGCGUCCUCGUCGAGGUCGAGGGCAUGAGCAGCGACGAGAUCAGCCCCAAGCUGUACGAAGUCUUUGAACAGCGCUUCGUCAUGUAG